CUUCUACCUCCUUCUCUUCCAUUUUCCCUUUCCCAUAUUAAAUUCCCUUCCUCUCCUCUGCUUCUCUUUCCCACCAAACAUAUCCUUUUAUAGUUCGCGAAGAAGAAAAGUGACAAAUUUGCCAUGUCCUAGUAGUCUCUGGAGUGGAGAAAAUCACCACUCACGUAUGGCGACUUCCCCUUGUGCUCUUAUCACCAUGACCCAUUUAUCCAAACCCCAUUCCGCAACCAGUAAAACGAGUUCCUCCACGCCUUGCUUUCAAAAACUUCCAUCUUUCCACAAUGAAACACGAAAUCUCAUUUCAGUAAAUCUUACGGGGUGCUGCAAAAUUCCUGUUUUGGGCAGAACUUGCUGGAAUUGCAGAAAAAGUUUCAAUUUUUCAGCAAUGUCUUCUUCGUCCGGCAACUGGGUGGAGGUAGAGAUUGACCGAAUUCCCAACGGAUACCAAAAUGAGGAUGAACUGAUAGUAGUUAAUUUUUACAGAUUCGUGUUUGUAGAAAACCCUCGAGAGGAGGUUUCUAAACACCUCGCUUUCAUGCAGCUAGAGCUUUGCAUGGUUUGUGCUAUGAGUGAUCGUUAUUUCCAGUGUGUCAUUUUAAGGUUCAAGUUGAGUUCAUUGAAAGGGUUGUACUUGAUAGAAUUUAAGGGGCGGGAUAUACAUGGUCGUAUAUACCUGAAUGAGCAAGGGAUUAAUGCUCAGUACAGUGGGCUGUCUAAAGAUGCACUAGCAUAUGUUGAAUGGGUUAGGGAAGACGACAGGUUUUCUGACAUAUUGGUUCAGAUAUCUCCAGCUAUAAAUGGCCAUGCAUUUCCAAAAUUGAAGCUGCGUUAUAAGCCAUCACUCGUGCAGGCAAGCGAGAUUCUCAUUACUUCUCUUUAACUGUCUUACUAGUGCGCUUAUGAGUGGCAUUGCACGGGAGCUUAACAUAAAUAAAAUGACAAAACAUUAAAUUUAUUAAUCUGCUUGGGUUUUGAGGUUCUUAUGCUUUUCUGAUAUAAAGGCACAACAUUUUGCUAUGUGCUGAAGUAUACACAUCCAGCAUUGAACAUAUGAUGUAUGGCGAACUCUUUACUACAUACUUUGUUUGCAGUUGGAAGAGGGUACUUCACAUCUACCUUUGCUUGAUCUGUCAGGGAGAGCUACACCUCUUACACCGUCUGAAUGGAGGAACAGGCUGGAAGCAGUUAAUAGGACCGAUAACUCAUUGAGUAGAAAGAACACCAAGAUCAUUCUACUCGAUGUGAGAAAUGGUUAUGAAUGGGAUGUUGGUCAUUUCCAUGGGGCUCAACGUCCUAAUGUUGAUUGCUUCCGAAGCACUUCCAUUGGACUAUCUGAGACAGAGGUUGCUGCUUCAGAUCCUUUAGCGGCAAUUGAUAAAGAGAACACAGAUAUAUUGAUGUACUGUACAGGAGGAAUUCGCUGUGAUGUAUACUCAACAAUGCUUAGGCAGCACGGUUUCAAAAGACUGUAUACUUUAAAGGGAGGUGUCUCUCAUUACCUCGAAAAUGAAGGUUGUGCUGGAUGGAUUGGCAAUCUUUUUGUAUUUGAUUCCCGCCUUUCUCUACCACCAUCAACCUACAAUCCUGAAAUCAGUGCUGAGGCAACUGGAAAAGGGUCACAUUUGCUUCAGUCAUUUGCUAAAUGCUACAUAUGUGAGUCUCAAGUAUCUGAGUUGAGGCACCGAAAUUGCGCCAAUCUGGAUUGCAACUUGCUCUUUCUGUGCUGCUUGAAAUGUGUGGAUGGUUUGAGAGGGUGCUGCUGCAUUAAGUGCACAUGUGCAGCUCGGCUUAGACCUGUGCUGCAAGGGCACCAGAGAUAUGAGAAGUGGCAUAACUAUCGACAUCUCGAGUCGAAGUAAAUUCGGUGCCUUGAAUUUCUCUUUACACAUUUGCAGGAAGUAGUUUGUUUUUUUUUUUUACCUGUUCAAUGAUUUUGAGUUCAUGUACGGAUUGAAGUGAGGAACUUGUCCUGAGUUUUAUCAAAGUGUUGAGUAGCUCCCAGAAAGGUGUGUAUGUAAAUAAUCACAUUUGAAAAACAAUUCAUAGCAGGAAAGAAUCUUUGUUAAAAUUUUGAUUUUAGAAUAUGAAAAAUAGAGAGAAAAUCAUAUGUUAAAAUUGGC